AUGGAUCAAAUUCAUGAAGUAUGUGUUGUGAUGGUGCCUUUUAUAGCACAAGGCCAUCUCAACCAGCUCCUCCACCUCUCACGUCUAAUCUCCGCCUACAACCUCCCUGUUCACUUCGUCUGCGCCACCAAUCACACCCGCCAAGCCAAACUUCGCAUCCAUGGCUGGGACCCACUUGCUGUUGACAACAUCCACUUCCAUGAAUUUCCGGUACCCUCCUACCCAAAUCCUCCACCUAAUCCCAACGCCACCAUACGCUUCCCCAACCACCUCAUGCCGUCAUUCAAAGCCAUCAUGCACCUCCGUGAACCGUUCUCGAAACUACUCUCCGAUCUGUCAGCCACCACAAAACGGGUCGUUAUUGUUCAUGAUUACUUGAUGAGCUCCGUCGUUCAAGAUUUCAGUUUGGUGCCUAACGCUGAGGUUUACAUGUUUCAAAGCUGUUCUGCUUUCACUGCGUUUUUGUACCAUUGGGAGGAAACACAAACGUUAAAAUUAGAUGAUGAAACUGAGUCUUUAUGGAAGAAGGUCCCGUCGCAUGAUGGUUGUUUCAGCCAGGAGUUCUUCGAGCUUCUUGAGUCUGAAGACUCUUCUUUCAAGAAGAUCAGCUCCGGAACGCUUUACGACACUAGUAAAGUGUUCGAAGAGAAGUUUUUGUCACUACUUAAAAACGAAGGAAUUGAUUCAGGUACGACUAAGAAUUGGGCAAUCGGUCCGUUUAAUCCGGUUACUAUAUCGGAUCAUAAGAACCCCACUACUGAAUCAAAAAAGUUAUUCAACUGGCUUGAUAAACAGGAAGCAAAUUCGGUGAUUUAUGUUUCGUUUGGGACAACAGUUUCGUUAAGUGAUGAAGAAGCAAGAGAAAUCGCGAUCGGGUUGGAAGAAAGUGGUCAGAAGUUCAUAUGGGUGGUAAGGGAAGCCGAUAAGGGUGACAUUUUUAACGGAGAAGAUGACCGGAUGGUUGAGCUGCCGGAAGGGUAUGAAGAGAGGGUGGAGACGAAGGGGGUGGGAGUGGUGGUGAGGGGGUGGGCACCACAGCUUGAGAUAUUGGGACACCCAUCUACUGGUGGAUUCAUGAGCCAUUGUGGUUGGAAUUCUUGCAUGGAGGGAAUCACAAUGGGGGUGCCGAUUGCUGCAUGGCCCAUGCAUUCCGACCAACCGAGGAAUGCGGUGCUAAUUACAGAGUUUCUUGGAGUCGGAAUAUACGCGAGGGAAUGGGUUCGUAGAGAUGAGAAGGUGGUGGCGUCUAUGGUUGAGGGGGCAGUCCGGCGGUUAAUGUCAUCAGAAGAAGGGUGUCUGGUAAGAAAGAAGGCGGCAGAACUCGGUUUUGCUGUGCGGCGAUCGGUGGAAGAAGGUGGUGUAAUGCGUAAUGAAUUGGAUGCCUUUGUCACUGAAAUCACAAGAUCAUAA